GCACAGCUGCAAAUGCUCUGUUCAGUUAAACAGAGGCUGCCGUCCCAUUCUCACUCUCAGUCUCACUCUCGCCGUGUCUCUACUCUCUCACUUUCUCAGCCACUCGGGACUCCAGACCGCCGCCGCCUGGUAGCCAGUAUCCCACACCCUCUCAGCCGCUCGCCCGCAGAAGAAAGACGCUGACGCAAAUUAGAAAGCUCAGUUGCCACGAUGCCUCGCGACGGUGUACGGGAGCUCACUGUACUUUCAGAGUUUAGGCCGUUCGGAUUGACUGCUGAGGCGUUGGAUGGCGGCAGUCCCUCCGGUGAUGAUGAUGGUGAUUACCGUUUCUUUCUUUUCGACCCACAGGUUGCCAAACAACGAGAUGAGGCCGUUGAGGUUGAAGAUGCUUCGAGCAGCGAUCACGAGCUAUUUGUCAGGGGAAAUAGAAUCAUAUGGAGUGCUGGCUCUAGAGUGUAUAAAAGGUUUACUUUGCCCUCCAAAGUCAUCAAGGUAUGCUGGUCCCGGAUGAGUGAUAUGUCUGAAGCCUUGCUUUGUGUUCUUCAAGUUGAUAGAUUAACCAUCUAUGGUAUAGCAGGUGAAGUAGUUUCUGUCCCACUUCCUUAUGCCAUCACAUCAAUAUGGUCUCUUCCCUUUGGUUUACUUCUCCAGCGGGCAUCUGAAGGGAGCUUGCUAUCAAAUAUAUCAUUAUCAUCUUCUAAUCCGUUCUUAAGUGCUCGUGAUGCUUUCCGCCAAAAAAGGGAUAUUUAUACUCCAACUCAUAUGUUUGAUUAUUGUACAAGAAGUGAUGGGACAUCAAUGUCCUCCCAUAUAAUAUUGAAGGACCCCCUAGAGGAUCCUCAGAUAACUUAUAUUGAAGAAAGAGGCAAGUUGAAUUUGAUGUGGGAAUUUGAUGAAAGAACAAUUUGGACAAGUGACUGUUUGCCCUUAAUGGUGUCAUACAAUAAGGGAAAGAUGCAACACUCCCUCUGGGUCGUAGAGGUCAAUGGAUCCAACCUUCAAGUGGUGAAUCCUAAAUCGUCUGAUUUAGUUUCUCCUUUGAUGUCAACAAAGCAUUACUUCAGAAGGAUAUGGCAGGGCAAGGGUUCACAUACUCCUGCCAGUAAGGUAUUCCUGGCAGUGGAUGAUGAUGGUACACCUAUUAUAUGUUUCCUUCUCCUAGAACAGAAGAAGUUGUUGUCUUUACAACUCCAGAGUCUGGAAGUAAAUAAUGAGACAGUCUAUGAUAUUAAGCCUGAUAUGAGCUGGUGCAUAUCAGCAAUUGCUGCCGCUGCUGUUGCUGUCACUCGACCCAAAGUAAAAGUGGGACAACUUCCACACAGGGAUGUAAUAACUUUGACCCCUGCAAACACACUACUUCUCUAUUGUGGGAAGCAAUGCUUGUGCAAGUAUGUUAUGCCUUCUCCGUUGGUCAUUGCACAACUUUCGGGUGGAGGGGACCUUUCAGGAGUCAACAACGCUUUAGAUGAUUUGAAAAUUGUAGAAUUAGCUGAGGCUGUUGAAGGACGCAUCAACAUAGUUCUCAACAAUGGAAAAAAUUACAGAUGCACAUUGCGACGCAGUCCAUCAUCGUCUUUAACUAGUGAGUGUAUUGCGGCAAUGGCAGAAGGGCUUAAUCCUAGCUUAUAUAAAUACUUUCUUGGUCUCCUAUGGGGUGGUGAUGAUUCAACUUAUUUAGCUAAGGCUGAUUUGUGUGCGGAUUCAGAAUGGGAGUCCUUCUGUAAUGUGAUAACAAAAUUAUGUCAAAAUCCCAUUAGAAACUCUCAGUUACCACAUUCAUCCUGGGAGUUCUUAGUUAAGAGCAAAUAUAAUCAACAAUAUUUAAGGAGUAAUUAUGUUGCUGGUGCUUUCCCUGGAUUAUUAUCUAACUCGAAGGAAUCUGAUUCAUCUGCUGUCAUUGCAAAUCACACCGAGAACACGGAGGAAGCCUUUUGCAUGAAAUUGCUGACAGAAACAUUGGAUUUAUUGCAUGCAGUAUAUGAAACACUUAAACUUGACAAUCUCCGUAAAAGGGACUUAGGCCUAUUGGUUGUUCUUCUAUAUGACAUUGCUAACUUUUUACAUGAACCGAGCUACAUGGAUCACUAUAAACGUGAUUUUCCCAUGCUUCUGAAAGACUUUGUAAUGCCACAGUUCUUGCCUGCCUCUAAAACUCCUCCAAGUUUAUUUAGAUGGCUUGAGAACUGCUUGCAGCAUGGAUGUGCUUCUGCUAGUAUUUGUGAUAUUCCACUUCUGGUAUGUAGAACUGGAACUUCUGUAGUGAACUGGGCUAGGAAGAUAAUUUCAUUUUAUAGUCUGUUGUGCGGAGCAGAGCAAUCUGGAAAGAGUCUUUCAACUGGUGUUACCUGUAAUAUUGCGCCUGGAUUAUAUCAUACUCGAGAAGAGCUAACAGUUUUGGGAAUGGUUGGUGAAAAAUUUGGGUUGCAUCAUCUUGACUUGCUUCCGGCUGGUGUAUCUCUUCCUCUUAGGCAUGCAAUAGAUAAGUGCCGUGAAUCUCCUCCUGUAAAUUGGCCAGCUGCAGCGUAUGUGCUACUUGGUCGUGAAGAUUUAGCAUUGCUCCAUUUGAGAGAUACUACAAAGUAUUCUGAACUUGAUUGUACAAGAUCAAAUUUAAUCUUGGGGUCUACGCCUUACAUGUUACCACUACAUCCAGUGACUAUACCCUCCUCAGUUUCUGAUACACAUGAAAUGGAUAAUUCGAAGCUAGAGGACAUAGACAAUUUUGAUGGACCAGUCAUUGAUGGAAUGGAGCAUAUUUUCAACUCUAGCACACAGUUACGCUAUGGUCGUGAUCUUCGGCUAAAUGAGGUUAGGCGCCUUCUAUGCUCUGCUAGGCCUGUAGUUAUUCAAACACCCGUUAACCCUACAGCUUCUGAUCAGGACUUCCAACAGACUCAGCUCUGGCAUCUUGCCCAAAGAACUACAGCUCUGCCAUUUGGCCGUGGGGCAUUUACACUGGGUACCAUAUGUACUCUUUUGACAGAGGCACUUGCUGUUCCAAAGCUUGUCUUGGCUGGUCGGUUACCUGCACAACAAAACGCAACAGUUAACUUAGAUCCCAAUGUUAGAAAUAUUCAAGAACUGAAAUCUUGGCCAGAGUUUCACAAUGCUGUUGCUGCUGGCUUGAGACUGUCUCCACUUCAGGGGAAAAUGUCUAGAACAUGGAUACUUUAUAACAAGCCAGACGAGCCUAAUGUUACUCAUGCAGGACUACUUCUUGCUCUGGGUUUACAUGGACAUCUUCGUGUCCUAACAAUAACGGAUAUUUUCCAGUAUUAUUCACAGGAGCAUGAAAGUACCACAGUAGGAUUGAUGAUUGGCCUUGCAGCUUCAUAUAGAGGAACCAUGCAACCAUCUAUUUCAAAGUCUCUGUACGUGCACUUACCUGCCCGCCAUCCAUCUUCCUUUCCAGAAUUAGAACUCCCAACCCUGAUACAGUCUGCAGCACUAAUUUCUGUUGGGCUUCUUUAUGAGGGAUCAGCACACCCACAAACAAUGCAAAUUCUUCUGAGUGAAAUAGGUCGCAGAAGUGGAGGAGAUAAUGUGCACGAAAGGGAGGGUUAUGCAGUUUCAGCUGGAUUCGCAUUAGGAUUGGUUGCUUUGGGUCGUGGUCAAGAUGCCAUUGGUUCCAUAGACACCUUGGUGGAUCGGUUAUUCCAUUACAUUGGUGGCAAAGAACUUCAUAAUGAUGGGCUCUUUUCAUCAUCAGCUGAUGAGUACAACCGAAGUGCGGGACAGAUUGCAGAUGGGAAUGUGGUUAAUAUUGAUGUCACUGCACCGGGUGCUAUAAUCGCUCUGGCGUUGAUGUAUUUGAAGACAGAGUCUGAACUUGUAGUAUCUAGGCUGUCGAUUCCCAAAACUAAGUUUGAGUUGCAAUACAUAAGGCCAGAUUUCAUAUUGCUCCGUGUCAUUGCUCGGAAUAUGAUACACUGGACCAGAAUCCAACCAUCAGAGAACUGGAUUCAAUCACAGAUACCUGAAGUUGUAAAAAAUGGGGUGUCAGGCCUAGGAAACAAAACGGAUGAUGUAUAUGAAAUGGAUGCCGAAGCUUAUGUUCAUGCAUAUGUCAAUAUCAUAGUUGGAGCAUGUAUCUCUCUAGGGUUACGAUUUGCAGGUACAAGAGAUGGAAAUGCACAAGAGUUGCUUUACAAAUAUGCUGUCUACUUCUUAAAUGAGAUAAAGCCUGUGUGUACUUCCAAUUCAAAUGAUUUACCCAAAGGCCUAUCCGUUUAUGUUGAUCGGGGGACAUUGGAGACAUAUCUUCAUCUUAUUGUUCUUUCCCUAUGUGUGGUAAUGGCUGGAUCUGGUCAUCUACAAACGUUCAGAUUCUUAAAAUUUCUCCGCAGUCGCAACUCUGCUGAUGGUCAUGCUGGUUUUGGUACUCAAAUGGCCGUAAGCUUAGCCAGUGGUUUCUUGUUCAUUGGAGGUGGAAUGUGGACCUUUUCAACUAGCAACUGUUCCAUUGCAGCUUUACUAAUAACACUUUAUCCACGUUUGCCUACCGGACCAAAUGACAACAGAUGCCAUCUCCAGGCAUUCAGGCAUUUAUAUGUUCUAGCUACUGAAGCACGCUGGAUUCAAACUGUCGAUGUUGAUACUGGCUUACCAGUUUAUGUGCCUCUUGAAAUAACCAAUAAGGAAACUGACCUUUAUUCUGAAACAAGUUUCUGUGAGGUCACUCCUUGCAGCCUUCCAGAACGUGCUAUUUUGAAGUCUGUCCGUGUCUGCGGUCCUCGAUACUGGCCUCAACUCAUUGAGCUUUGUCCUAAAGAAAAACCAUGGUGGAAUUCUGGAGAGAACCAUCACCCUUUUAAUUCAGGUGUUCUGUACGUGAAGAGAAAGGUUGGAGCAUGUUCAUAUGUGGAUGAUCCCAUUGGAAGUCAAUCUUUGUUAUCACGUGCAAUGCACAAGAUGAGUGCCUUGUCUCAACCAAAAUCCUGUCUUCCAACCACUGAUGCAAUCCCAGUAGAUCAGUUGGUUAGCACUUUCUCAUCAGAUCCAAGCUUGAUUGCUUUCGCCCAUUUAUUUUGUGAUUCAUCUUGGAGUAACAGAUUUGAGCUCGAUUUCCAGGAAUUCUGCCAGCAAGUAUUAUUUGAGUGCGUUAGCAAGGACAGACCGGCAUUGUUGCAGGUUUAUCUGUCACUGUAUGCUACAAUUGGACACAUUGUGGAUUCGGUCGUUAGUGGUACAUGCAUUAUAGGGGACUCACUCUCUCUUUCUAGUUUGAAGGUUGCUCUAGCCUAUUAUGAAGCUCUCUCAAAUGGAAGAUUAACUACUUCAAGAGGAGAAAUUAUGCAAUCAACUUUUCUGGGCUCACUCAAGAAGCGAGUUGAAGAUAUUCUAAAUUUUUCCGGGGACUUGAACAAAGAUAUUUGUGAGUACGCUCUCUCUGGGAAAUGGCCAACGGGUAAUUACCCUGUGGCGAAGUCCAGUAUAACCCUUUCAUGGUACCUACAAUGGUACAAUGUGCCUUCGCCGCUAGAUAUUAAAAGAGCUAUGGAGAGUAUAAAACGUGCUAAGACAAGCCCGUCCAUCCCCUUGUUGCGGGUGGUGUUCCCUACGACUCAUGUUGCGGCACUUGAUGCCAUCAAUAGAUUCUUGACAUCUUCACCGGUGAAAGGUUGAAGCCAACUGAAUCUCAUCGUCAUCGUUAUCUCGCAAGUGGUUUCCACAAAACUGGGCUCUGAAAGAUGAUGGUGAAAAUGGUUUAGUUAAUCAUUGUUUUUCUAUCAUGUAUGCUUAGCAUAGUUUCACUUCAUUGACAGUUGAUUUUUGCAGUUGGAAGUGAAGAAAUGGAAAUGUACUUCGGUUAGUAGUGUGUAUAACUUGCGGCUUUGAGGAUUUUGGAUAAUCCGGGUAUUCAUUUUGUCUUUAAAAUAUCGUUGAAUAUAUGACCCCAGAUUAAUCAUUAAUUUUCAUUUUCGAUGAUCACAAGAA